CGUUGCCCAUUGACUUUGCAUGGGGACGGACGCGCAAUGCAUUGUGGAUCCGUCCGUUCGUUUGGAGCGUUCGCCACCGUCAGAAAGUUGAAAAAUGUUCAACUUUUUCGGCAGCGACGGAUCCGUCAUCCAAUCAGAUCGCGUAUGCAAAUUUAAGCACUUUGACGCGACUCGGGCUCGAUACUGGAAAGCGGGAGAGCGGCGGAGAAGUUAAUUUAAAAAAUGGAGGACAAACUGAUAAUCACCGUUGGCUCUCGCCCGAUUUUGUAUGACCAGUCCCUGUACACAUACAGGGACACCACAUUAAAAGAUCGGGCAUGGCAAGAUGUGUCGUUGGAGGUGGGGGAAACAGCGGCUGAAUGUGUGAAGCGGUGGAGAUCCCUCAGGGACCGAUAUCGGAGGGAGAGGGUGAAGGAGAAGGAAGCCCAGAGGAGUGGGGCAGGGGCCGACAAGCAGCCUGUGUGGAGGUACAUGGCGGUGAUGGGCUUCCUAGCUCCAUUCCUGCAAAAUAGAGGGACCACCUCCAACCUCCCGCAUCGCAACCCAUCCCCGGUGUCGGUGAUGGUGGUGAUAGAGGAGCAUGGAGAGGCAGGUGCGCUGUCACUAGCAGCAGAUGAAGCAGCCCCGGCCCCAGCCCCGGCCCCAGCCCCGGCCCCAGCUCCGGCCCCAGCCCCGGCCCCAGCCACGGUCCCAGCAGCGGACGGUGGACCUGUGGGUAGGAGCCAGUGGCGCGUGCAGCCCCCAGAAGAGGGCAGGGGUAGAAAGCGGCGGAGGCCAGAGAUGUCCUCCUUUGAACAGGGCAUGCUGGCAUUCAUGGAGCCGCUGGCUACACUUGCCUCACAGCCGCAACCACAGCCACAGCCACAGCUGCAGCCACAGCCGCAGCCCCCCUCUGAGGACGAGACUUUCUUUAUGUCCCUCCUCCCUGCCAUGAGAAGGCUCUCCAGUGCUAAUAGAGCCAUGGUGCGGUACGAGGUGUACCAAAUCGUUUCCAGGGCAGAUAUGGCGGCGCUACAGGGGGAGGUUAGGGAGAAUGACUGUGACUGA